AUGGCGGCGACGGGCGUCGGCGCCGGGUGCCUCGCCCCCAGCGUCCGCCUGCGCGCCGAUCCGGCGACGGCGGCCCGAGCGUCCGCCUGCGUCGUCCGCGCGCGGCUCCGGCGCGUCGCGCGGGGCCGCUACGUCGCCGAGCUCAGCAGGGAGGGCCCCGCGGCGCGCCCCGCGCAGCAGCAGCAGCUGGCCCCGCCGCUCGUGCCAGGCUUCCUCGCGCCGCCGCCGCCCGCGCCCGCCCAGUCGCCGGCCCCGACGCAGCCGCCCCUGCCGGACGCCGGCGUGGGGGAACUCGCGCCCGACCUCCUGCUCGAAGGGAUUGCUGAGGAUUCCAUUGACAGCAUAAUUGUGGCUGCAAGUGAGCAGGAUUCUGAGAUCAUGGAUGCCAAGGAUCAACCUCAAGCUAAAGUUACUCGCAGCAUCGUGUUUGUGACUGGGGAAGCUGCUCCUUAUGCAAAGUCAGGGGGGUUGGGAGAUGUUUGUGGUUCGUUACCAAUUGCUCUUGCUGCUCGUGGUCACCGAGUGAUGGUUGUAAUGCCAAGAUACUUAAAUGGGUCCUCUGAUAAAAACUAUGCAAAGGCAUUAUACACUGCGAAGCACAUUAAGAUUCCAUGCUUUGGGGGAUCACAUGAAGUGACCUUUUUUCAUGAGUAUAGAGACAACGUCGAUUGGGUGUUUGUCGAUCAUCCGUCAUAUCACAGACCAGGAAGUUUAUAUGGAGAUAAUUUUGGUGCUUUUGGUGAUAAUCAGUUCAGAUACACACUCCUUUGCUAUGCUGCAUGCGAGGCCCCACUAAUCCUUGAAUUGGGAGGAUAUAUUUAUGGACAGAAUUGCAUGUUUGUUGUGAACGAUUGGCAUGCCAGCCUUGUGCCAGUCCUUCUUGCUGCAAAAUAUAGACCAUACGGUGUUUACAGAGAUUCCCGCAGCACCCUUGUUAUACAUAAUUUAGCACAUCAGGGUGUGGAGCCUGCAAGUACAUAUCCUGAUCUGGGAUUGCCUCCUGAAUGGUAUGGAGCUUUAGAAUGGGUAUUUCCAGAAUGGGCAAGGAGGCAUGCCCUUGACAAGGGUGAGGCAGUUAACUUUUUGAAAGGAGCAGUUGUGACAGCAGAUCGGAUUGUGACCGUCAGUCAGGGUUAUUCAUGGGAGGUCACAACUGCUGAAGGUGGACAGGGCCUCAAUGAGCUCUUAAGCUCCCGAAAAAGUGUAUUGAAUGGAAUUGUAAAUGGAAUUGACAUUAAUGAUUGGAACCCCACCACAGACAAGUGUCUCCCUCAUCAUUAUUCUGUCGAUGACCUCUCUGGAAAGGCCAAAUGUAAAGCUGAAUUGCAGAAGGAGUUGGGUUUACCUGUAAGGGAGGAUGUUCCUCUGAUUGGCUUUAUUGGAAGACUGGAUUACCAGAAAGGCAUUGAUCUCAUUAAAAUGGCCAUUCCAGAGCUCAUGAGGGAGGACGUGCAAUUUUGGUAUCUUUUUACCCUUUUACAGGUCAUGCUUGGAUCUGGGGAUCCAAUUUUUGAAGGCUGGAUGAGAUCUACCGAGUCGAGUUACAAGGAUAAAUUCCGUGGAUGGGUUGGAUUUAGUGUUCCAGUUUCCCACAGAAUAACUGCAGGUUGCGAUAUAUUGUUAAUGCCAUCGAGAUUUGAACCUUGCGGUCUUAAUCAGCUAUAUGCUAUGCAAUAUGGUACAGUUCCUGUAGUUCAUGGAACUGGGGGCCUCCGAGACACAGUCGAGACCUUCAACCCUUUUGGUGCAAAAGGAGAGGAGGGUACAGGGUGGGCGUUCUCACCGCUAACCGUGGACAAGAUGUUGUGGGCAUUGCGAACCGCGAUGUCGACAUUCAGGGAGCACAAGCCGUCCUGGGAGGGGCUCAUGAAGCGAGGCAUGACGAAAGACCAUACGUGGGACCAUGCCGCCGAGCAGUACGAGCAGAUCUUCGAGUGGGCCUUCGUGGACCAACCCUACGUCAUGUAG